CCCCGAGUGAAACAUUAGCUCUUCGAACAGAAUAACUAAGUUUGGCAAACUAGGUAAAAUUGUAACAAUUUAUUAUUUAGGACAUACGCUCGAACACCACAGAAAUUCGCCUGUAUAAGUGUCAUAACCUCAAAGUGGAACAUUAUUCGCUAACUGGCGAACUUGAUGGAACGAGAGCACGGUUACACAGUGAAAAGAAAUCUGCAACAACUACGCAGUUGGUUGUCGGUAAAAAAGCAACAUUUUAUUCCUACUAGGACAGCAAGGAGCGGAAUUUCAUGGUGCGAAAUAUGCGUGUCAAUCUGAGAUUGCGUGAGGUGACUGCGUAGACGAUAACUUUGGUAAAACAAACCCCCUGUGGAGUAGAAUCAGUAGCUAGGUUGGAUAAUUAAUACAGCUACAGAAUUUGGAGCAAAAGUGAAAAAUUAAAUAAAAAUAAACUGGGCGGUGUGUGUUGUGUUUUGUGUUAGCUUCGUUUAUGUACUGUAGUUAAAGAAAAAAAUAGUGAAAACGAACUAGAGAACAGCUUUGUGUUACAGUGAUACCAACGAAGAGCAGCAGUUAAAGUUUCCAGCAGCCUUGUGUGUACUAUCAUCUUUUUCAGACGCUGUGUGGCAAGAAAUGUUUUCUUUCGACCUAUCAUACCGAGUACCCUGGCUACUGGUUCGUAACUACUAAUGCAUGCCAAAGAUGGCGUCAUCUACAUUUGUAUGAUAGAACAGUUUUAGCGUAGCGUAGAGUGCAUUCAUGAUAUAUUUAUAUAGCUCACCUUCGGAGACGGUCUCGAGCAGUGAGUACUACGAGGAGGACGACCGAGUAGGGGCCACUGAAUACCAGGUGGCAGCACCAGAACCACCGCCAUACGUUCCAAUUCGUUCGUACAAUGUCAACAAGUACUAUCGUAACUUCGAUGGAAACUUUGGCUAUCGGGCUUCCUCAGUUGGACCAGCGAAUCUCCAUCAACCGGUAGAUGCCACCCACGUCAAUGGCGGACCUGCCCUGCCCUACCUAGCAGAUUCGCGUGAGAACCAUCGCGAGUGGCACGGUAGCACCAGCUAUAGACCCCCUGAUCAGCACCAGCUAAGGAGAGGCGAGUACCCCAACUAUAGUAAGUUCCAAAUGAUGUCCAAUGAAAUCGGCGCAGACGCCGAACGAAACGCGAAAACGCCCCCCAACAACAACAGUUUCACUGGUGGUGGUGGUGGCGGCGAUGAUGGAGGCAAUACCAACACAAGCGCACCACCCACUGGAGGGCCACCAUCGAUGGCUUCGGGAGAGAAAGGUCCGGCAAAUCCAGUCAGUGGUUUACAAACAUCUCCGAGAAACACACCGUACGGAGUCGCAGCUGCUACGAGUGGCAAUACUGCAGGACCGACUUUGGCCCAGCAGCAACAACAACAGGCAAAUAGCAUCAAUAAUAACAGUAAUACCAGUGGUCAGAAGGAGGCCAACGAAAGUGAACCAGUGCCACCCCCUGCCGCUGUACUUCCGCCAAAACCAAGACCGUUAAUCAAGAGCAAGGGAUCGGUGUCACCGUUACCGUUGAAGCGUAUCGUGAGCAAGCCAACAACGCCCUUACGGGACAACAAUGGUAAUAACUUUGACGCUAGUCCAUUGAGGGAGAACGACUCGCCUGGAUCGGCAGCUGGGGAUUCACCCCAGGGUAAUGGGAUUGGGAUUCGAGGUCCCACGAAUCCGACUCUUCCGACGCGUCCGCUUGGUGGUAGUAUAAAACCUCGCAAAGGUGGCUGGAAGGCACGGAUCGAAAGUGAAGCAUUUCAAAACUUUUCACCGACAGACGACGAAGACAGUAGUCCGGGGGCUGUCGGACGUGGUGUGAAUCCGGUGAUAACGAGUAACGUGGUGGUGAAUCGCAGUAAAAUCGGCUCGAGUGGUGGUGGAGCAAUCGGUGGUGGUGGCCGCGGUGGUUGGGGUGCAAACCAACGUCGUACAGCUGCAACCGGCAGUCCGGUAUUGCAAAGUCCCUCCGGUGUUGGUGCUACUACUCCGUUGAUACCGGGUUCAGGUGCGGCAGGAGUGCCGCUGCCGAUGGACAUUCCGAGUGAAAACUCUUCCUCUCAACUGCAAGCAACACCGGUUCAUCCGGCUGUAAGUGGUACGGUUGCGCGAACUACGUCGCGCGCCGAUUCCUUGGAAAACAUUCCCGGUCCGUCCGGCUUAUUGCCGCACAACCCGGGCGUACCCGGCACCAUCGGGGGCAAUCCGCAAUCCAGAUAUUCAAACCUGUCGUUCUGGAAGGCAAGACGGGUGCUAUUCUAUCGGAAUGGCGAUCCCUUCUUUCCCGGGGUGGAGUUCCGCUUCAAACCCGGGCGUGACAUUUGCACACUGGAGGCGCUGCUGGAUAAAAUCUCCGCCCGGAUGGAUCUGCCCCGAGGUGCCCGCUACAUCUUCUCGAUGGACGGCGACCGCAAGUACUCGCUGGAUGAGCUGGAGGACGGUUCCAGCUACGUAGUGUCCUCGUUUAAAGUUUUCAAGCCCGCUAGUUAUGGUAAGAAAAACGGCGUCUGGUACGCUUCACCUGGGAACCAGGGCUGGGGUGGCGGUAGCCGCCUUAGCCGCAAACCGUCCGUAACCGAGGUGGACAACAUGCCGACGGGUAGUCUGAAACCGAGCGCCGGUCGGGUCAUCCGGAUUAUCAACAGUCACGAUCACAGUGUUCAGUGCCGCGUAUUGCUAAAUCUACGUACAUCGCAACCAUUCGAAGAGGUCCUCGAGGACCUCGGCCAAGUGUUGAAGAUGAUCGGCGCCAAAAAGAUGUAUACCAACCACGGUCAAGAGGUACGCAGUUUCUCCCAGCUGCGGAAUGAGUUCGCAGAGGUGGAUACGUUCUACCUGAGCAACACCCCGAGUCUGCCGAUCGGAGCCCUCGGUCCCGGUGUGAUUCCACCGUCGCCGGCGCGCCGCUCUCGGUCCCGGCUGGGUGGGUCCGUUCCGGAUGAUCUUUCCAAGACCACUGCCCGGCAGCGUGCCCGCAGCAAAAGCAGACCACGCGCCCUGUACGCUCCGGAGAACGAAUUGGUUCGGGCAUCCUCCGACUAUCCGCUGCUGGACGCCAUGAAGGAGGAACCAACGCGCAUCACUAUCCGGGGGUUGCGACGUACGUUCUAUCCACCAAUGCAUCAUCCGCCGGUAGACAACGCACCACCAGAUAAGAAGCUAACGUUGUUCUGGGUGCAUGGCUAUCGUGGAAUCGACUCCAAGCGAAAUCUUUGGGUGUUGCCCUCGGGAGAGCUUUUGUACUAUGUAGCUGCGGUUGCUAUACUUUACGACCGCGAGGAGGAAGCUCAGCGGCACUACACUGGACACACAGAAGACAUCACAUGCAUGGAGGUACAUCCUUCGCGAGAAUUGGUUGGUUCCGGCCAACGCGGUGGUCGUGAUCGAAAGUCACAGGCUCAUGUACGCAUCUGGAGUACUGAAUCGCUUCAGACCCUGUACGUUUUUGGAAUGGGAGAACUGGACACCGGUGUCAUCGCUGUAGCCUUCUCGCAGCUUAACGGCGGCAGCUACAUUCUGGCCGUGGAUGCUGGUCGUGAGAGCAUACUAUCGGUGUGGCAGUGGCAAUGGGGACAUCUGCUAGGAAAAGUGGCGACACUGCAAGAAGGAAUCUGGGGUGCGACAUUCCACCCACUGGACGACAAUCUAUUGAUCACACACGGAAAGGGCCACCUGGCGUUUUGGCACCGCCGAAAGGAUGGAUUUUUCGAAAAAACAGACAUCAUCAAACCGCCCUCAAAGACAUUCGUGACGUGUGUGCAGUUUGAACCGGAUGGUGACGUCAUAACCGCAGACAGCGAUGGUUUCAUUACAAUCUAUAGCGUAGACGCCGACGGGGCCUAUUUCGUGAGGAUGGAGUUCGAGGCACACAGCAAGGCAAUCUCCUGUCUGGUGAUGCUUUCCGAGGGUACUUUGAUAUCCGGAGGCGAGAAAGAUCGUAAAAUUGCCGCCUGGGAUUCGUUGCAGAACUACAAGAGGAUAACUGAUAUUAAGCUUCCAGAAACGGCCGGUGGAGUACGCACUAUUUAUCCGCAGCGCCCAGGCCGCAACGACGGAAACGUUUACGUUGGCACGACUCGAAACAACAUCUUAGAGGGUUCACUGCAGCGUCGCUUUAACCAGGUUAUGUUUGGUCACGGUAAACAGCUGUGGGCAUUAGCAGCUCAUCCAGACGACGAAGUCUUCGCAACGGGUGGUCACGACAAGUAUGUAGCCAUGUGGAGACGGCACAAGCUGAUCUGGACAUCGUCGGUGGGCUACGAGAUAAUAGCGCUAGCGUUCCAUCCGUACGGUGCAGCACUGGCAGCAGGAAGCUCCGAAGGUCAUUUGAUUGUGAUCAAUGCAGAGAAUGGAGCCACGAUGCUGACGAUUCGCGUCUGUGGAUCGCCGCUGAAUUGUGUGGAGUUCAACCAAGUGGGUGACAUGAUUGCCAUCGGAUCGCAGAACGGCAGCAUCUAUCUGUUCCGCGUGUCGCGCGACGGUUUCUCGUACAAGAAGAUCAACAAGAUCCGUGGUUCGCAACCGCUAACGCAUCUCGACUGGAGUUCGGAAGGUAACUUCCUCCAGUCGGUAACUGUGGAUUUCGAUUUGCUCUUCUGGGACGUGAAAUCUCUCUCGCCGGAAAAGAGUCCGAUAGCCAUGAAGGACGUCAAAUGGAUGACCAACAACAACACGGUUGGCUUCAUGGUGGCCGGCAUGUGGAACAACCGCUAUUACGCAGCGCCAGCCAAUACCAUCAUUACGACAACAUCGCGAAACGCCGCUCAAGACCUGAUUGUGAGCGGCGACAGCGACGGUUAUCUGCGUUUGUUCCGCUAUCCAUGUAUCACACCGCGAGCCGAGUUCACGGAAGCCAAGGUGUACUCGGGCACACUAGCGUGUGUGAAGUUCUUGCACGGCAAUCAUAGCUUGGUCACGGUCGGUGGCACCGAUGCUUCCCUCAUGAUCUGGGAACUCACCGAAGAAUAGCCACUGUGGCCACCGUGGCGUUCAGGUGCCGCGCCACAAUCCCCGUCACCAGGUAAUCCUUCUAACACUAGCCUAGUAGCUCUCAAUCAUCAAAAGGUUAAUAAGAAAGUCCCAAAAACUCACAUCACCGCCACUUCACCGAUAAUCAGUAAAAAUCCACUCAGUCGCGACAUAAACGAUUCAAGCGCUAGUAACAAGCCUAUUCCAAAUCAACCAUCAACUUCACUUCAACAACCACUUCAACAUCUUCAAACGCCGGCAAGCGUAGCCGCCGUCGGACCGGCCGACGAGCAGCAGUCCAGCAACGUUUCCUCUACUCCGGCAAAUCCUGCAGCUGCGGAUACUGCAAACGGUACAGCUGAUCAAUGGCACCAGGAAUCAGCCGCUGGUACCGAGGGGGAUGAUGACGAUGAUGAGGAACAGGAACUGGAACACGAAGGCGACGACGAGGGAGAAAACGAGUCGGACGGCGAGGACGUCGCUGCUGGAGGACAUCAUCAUCACCAACAACAACAGCUGUAUGAACGGCCCCGGCGCCUUCGGUCCCGCUCGUCACGCCGAGCACCGCCCAGUGUUCGCUCGGUGACAGCCGUGGAGCCAUUCCCGGCUUCCCCCCUGGAAGACGAGGAAGGCGGUGUUGAGUAUGCCGUCCUGCUGCCCGAUUCGUUUGCCGUUCUGGAUUCGUCGUUUUGAACAUGCAGUUUCGCAAACAAAUAAACCAAAGCAUUUGUGGUGUCGCUCUUGACAGCAGCGCUGUCAAAACUGACACAUAACGUUAUGCAGUGAUAAACGCAUCCUAGCCUCUUCCUACCAUAAAAGCUAAUCAAAGUGGGUGUUGUUGUACAUGUGAAAAAAAAAAACUAACAGUGUAAAGCGAUUUUUUCUAAAAGCAAACGCACUCUAACACGGGCACUUGAUCACAGAAGGGGCAAGAAUACUUCUUUUUUGAAUAAUUUAUCUAGCGAAUAGCGUAGUUUGGAGGUGAACAGUGUUUGCCAUUCUACAAUGGACAUUUUUAAACCGCAAUAUUCACAACAAAAAGAAGUCAAAGCAAUUUCUAACAAUCAUCGUCACAAAAUCUGUAAUUCAAAAAAUUCAAUUGAAAUGUUGUUCGUAGUAAAAAUUUGAACUAAAACCGCUUUUUGAAAAUCAUUUGAAGUUUUACUUUUUGCGGCAGUGAGCGUUCUGUACGUUCAACUUUGAGGCGAACGCUAAAGAUACAGUCGGCUCGCCGAGCCGAGCCGAGCAACUAGGAGGCACUUCUCAUUUCAACUUCUCUAAAGUGACACCAUCUAUAUCAGUCCAGUUUUUUGCGCAUUAUAAUGAUGUGUGUUUAAAUUGUAUUUUGAAUACAUACACAACAACUAAAAAAUUGCGUAUGUAGAGAGUUAAGAAUUUCAUCGUAACAAUAUAGUGCGUGAAAUGCUGGAUAUAAAACAAAAACAGGCAAAAGAACAUUGAACCAAUGAACCAAAAAGUAAGCUUAAUAUAGUACCAGACAACUGGAAGGGUAAGGACUUUGUGGCUGGUUUAUUGACUGAAAUUAAUAGAAUUGUUUGCGGUGAACAAUGAUAACUUUGAAUUAAUUCCGUACCUUCUACUCGGCACUCAUCGAUUGGCCGAAACUGAAGUGUCACGCAAAAAACUGUCAUUCACCGAAAAUACUGAUGACAGUUGCCUGUUACUAUUUUGAGUGAAACGGAUCAGUUUCCAUAAACACAUCAAUUCAUCCAACUUUAAGUCUUGAAAAUAACAAAAAAAGGAACUACCACAACAUUUUGUCUUUUCGGAUCUAGUUUGUAACACAAACACUAAAAGCAUACAUUUUAUAAACAUGUCAACUGAGAAGAAUACUGCCAAUAGGUGUAAGUACACGAUUUUUGUAACACACAACCACAAACAAACACAGAAAGUAUAACCUAUUAAGUUCCAGUAUCGCAAACCGAAUGGGAUUCAUAAUUUUGUAGCUUAGAAUAGAACACAAAAGUGUAGUUACCUAAUCGAAUCGAAAGAGGAAGCUGAAAACAAAUGGUUUGAAAAUAUCGACCGUGGAAGUUUCAAAGUAAACUGACAGUAAACGGUGGUUGUGAUUGGCAUAAACAAAUCAGUAAAAAAAAAAACAUUAUAAAUGGUAAUUUGAAGAAACCAGAAAAAAGAAGCAAAAACACGCCAGUGUUAGUCAUUUUAAAUCAAAAUAAACAUGUGAAUUACCAACUAGGGCCUUACGUUGAAUUGAACUCCACAUUGUGGACACAUCUGAAUCACAUCUUUGUAAAGAAACAUCGUGUUGAACUAAGAGAGUAAACAAUGCAAAAACCAGUAUGUUUUCUAAUCACUAAUUUUAAAGUUAAGUUUCUGUUUAAGUGUCAAUUAAAUUGCCACACUUGUUUUGAGAGAACGUUCGAGAGGAAUGUUACAUUUUUAGCUGACAGAGUACAGAAAAAGAACCAUAAACCAUGAACACAUUACAACAAAACAGAUUCAAAAAUCUUUCUAUACAAAAUAUACCACUAAGCGAUGAUUAACUAGUUGUAUUGAACCGAACUCAGACGUCCCAGAGCGUCUGUUUUUAUUACAUCAAUAACGGAGUUUUGUAUUAGUAUAAAUCCAAGAGAAGCGGAUUGUCGAUAGUAUUUUUACUAGAAAUGUACAAGCAAGACCAAUUUUGUGAUUGGUACCCCAGUUUGGCUAAUUUCACUCCAAACGUAUAAUUGUACGUUACCUCUGUUAGGAGAUAGUCAUACGUGGUCAUACUAUCGGCAUCCCGUUUUCAGUAUGUUAUUUCUCUUAGUUAAAAGUAUAUAUUUCAUUUACGAUGAAACUAUGAUAAAACUAAAUAUCACACGAAACAAAUGGUAAAAUCUGUAAUAAAAGAAAAACAAAUCUUAACCAUAUAUAUUAAAGUAUUUGGAGCAAGUUAAA